AUGAAUAUACUCAAGGCCCUCCGAAGCGGAGGAGCUCGAAGUCCAGAGACAGACACACCUUCCACUCCUGAUUUCCUAUCAGGCCAACAGCAGCAAUCCGAUACAGCAAUGUCAGGUCCUAAAAAAGCCAGACUAGGUUUUCUGGGAACUAUUGGAUACAGCCAAAACCCCGAGAUACGACGAAGACAUAAGAGGCAGAAGGAGCCAAAGAACACACCAAGCCAUCACUACCCUUACAGCGCAUCCACGGAACCUCAACCGAUGUCAUCGAAGGAUGUCUCACAUGGUCAAUAUCACCACGCUCCGUCACAAGCUCCUCAGCCGCCUCUCGCCCGUGAUCCAACAAUCGACCCCAACGAGUCAAACAGUGCUCGCCCUCUACCAACGCCAAUAUAUGCGUCUAAUAUGGAACGUUCACCGCUCCACAUGAACCAUACUGCGACAAUCGAGAAAUCACGCUCCUUUGACACAUAUAAUUCUCAUACAAAAGCGGGCUUACCCAACACCCACACAGAAUAUUUCUCAGCCAACAACCGAGGUAGACCCCAAAGUCAGGAACUUGUAUCAAGGGCUGGGUAUAAAUUUCCGAUAUUGCAGUCACAAUCUCGAGAGACGCUGGAAGAGGCGGUUACAAGGUUUCCAGAUCGAAAUUGUGAGCUUUCUAGUUCUUUCAAUGAAGAACACAUUUCACUGAAUCAACAUGGGGUGCAGGUAGCUUCCGUGGGAGGCCUGCAAACAGAAAUACAGAGGCUAAACAAUGAGCUGCGAGCUAGCAACACCAAAGCAGAGGAUCGGAGGAAAGAGGCCAGCGAUAAACACCAACAAAUGAUCAAAGCUCAAACAAUGCUGGGCGAACAGAACGCAAAACAUAUGCAAGAAGAGAGCUACUGGAAGAGCGAGAUGGAGAAAUUGAAGCACCAACACAAGAGUGAGAUGGACGAGGAGACGCAGAGACUGCUUAAUGAAAACGAGCGAAUUAAGGUAUAUUACGAAGAACAAUUACGUACAGUUCAUCAGCAAGAGAAAAGGCGAUACGAACAAACGAUCAGCAGUCUUAAACAGCAGCUGACUGAGGAACACUGGAAAUGGGAUACCCACGUGCGAGGAUUGAAGGACACUCACGAAGCUCGCAUAAAAGAGCUACAAGGGGGGUUCGAUCAACAAAUGAAGGAUGAAUACGACCAGCAUGUUCAGCAGAUGCUGCAAGAAAAGGAAAGAUAUGAAGAGAUGAUGAAUAAGCACUAUUCGGAUGCUGCUCGAACGAAGCUCGAGGCGGAGCAGGAAAAACUGAGAUUGCGUGAACAAGUACAAAUUGAGCAGGAAAGGCUUCAAGAAGAACAGGGACGGCGUGAGAAAGAGCUCAAACGGCAGGAAAUUCGUUUGACCCAGAAGCACACAGAUGAGAUAUUCCAGCUUCGUACCGUCACCGAGGAGCUGAAACAAGGUCUCUUCCAUAGGAAGCACUUCAAGGGUUUGAGAGAUCGUGAUCUUGCCAAUCAAUUUCUUAGUAUCGUAGGUCAAGUACAAGACUUCGCGAACGUGGAAUGGGAUAGUCGCCUUGCCUUAAACUGGCCUUUCAGCGAGCACCAGUUACUCGACCUCCAUCGCGAAAAUACGAGAAAACUUAAGAAGCAGAUCAUCCAGAACACUUUGUGGGUGCUGCUUUAUGAUCACAUCUUCGCAAGCCCAUUCAGGAUCCUAGGUUUAGAAGGAAGGGAUCUUGAUCGCGACUGGAUAGACAUCCAUAAGCCCUACACUUCCAGCUCUGAAUGGCCUGAGAUAUCAGAAGAUGUCGAAAAGAGACGGUACGAGACGGCAAAGUCAUUCUUAGCCGUUAUGGAGUCGUCCACGUGGCCCUCGGGAGAUAAUCUGCGGCUCAAGACCGGCUAUAACAAAUCCAUAUCCGACUUGCUCGACGCUCUACAUGGUGCUUUAGAAAACGUAGCUACUAUUGGAGACAGGCAUGCUAAGACGCUCGAAGGUCUCGUGAGACUUUGUGCAAGGAUGUGGAUGGAGUUUUGCUCGCAGCCUUAUAGACUGAUUGUGAGCCUACCCGCCGGGAGUGGAGAUUUGCUAUCAGAUCGCAGGACGAAAGAGCGCGCUCCCACGUUAGUCCUUAGCCCGGAGCUCAGGCGGUAUGGGAAUUCCCAAGGCGAGCACCUUGCAAGUGGAGAGGUCAUUCCGGACUGCCAAGCUGCGAAAACAUCGUAUCCUAUCCGAUGA